AGGAUGCUGGUAGGCGGAGGGACAAAGAGGGGUGGAGCUUGCAGAACAAAGGAGAAUGAGGAGCCCUGGGGGCCCAGGCUGAGCAUCAAAAAGGCUGUGUAGACUGAGCAGGCCACAGACAACCUGCCUCUGCACACAGCCACCAGCCGGGUACCGACUUGCUCACUUCUACUUGCCCCGGCUGGGCAGGAACACAACCCUGUAGAGAGAGACCUUGCUCUCCAGCGUGAUUGCGUCCACACUGCUCUGUGGCUUUCUCUACUUGGUGUGGGUUGCUGCUGAGCUUCCAGAGGUGAGCAGAACAAUGGCCACCAGUGGAGCCAGACGCCAGGAAGGCCGACGGGAGCAUGCCUUCAUCCCAGAGCCCUUCAGUGGGGCCAACAUAGACCCCAAUCUCUGGCUGCACCGCUUUGAAGUCAUUGAUGACCUCAACCACUGGGACCAUGCCACCAAGCUUAGGUUCCUGAAAGAGUCUCUUAGGGGAAACGCUCUGGAUGUCUACAAUGGACUCAGCCUCCAGGCCCAGGGUGACUACAGGACUGUGAAGGAGGCCCUCCUGGGGGCCUUUGGGGGUUCCCGGGCUACCCACAGCCUGCACCCCAAAGAGAUCCUGUUUGCCAACAGCAUGGGUAAGGGCUACUACCUCAAGGGGAAGAUCGGUGAUGUGUCGGUGAGGUUCCUGGUGGACUCCGGGGCCCAGGUAUCUGUGGUCCACCCGAGCUUGUGGGAGGAGGUCACAGAUGGUGACCUGGAUACCCUUCGGCCUUUUGAAAAUAUAGUCAAAGUGGCCAACGGGGCUGAGAUGAAGAUCCUGGGUGUGUGGGACACGGAGAUGACCCUGGGCAAGCUGAAGCUGAGGGCACAGUUUCUGGUGGCCAAUGCGAGCGCAGAAGAGGCCAUCAUUGGCACCGACGUGCUGCAGGACCACAACGCAGUGCUGGACUUCGAGCACCGCACCUGCAUCCUGAAGGGAAAGAAAUUCCGCCUGCUGCCUCUCGGGGGCUCCCUGGAGGAUGAGUUUGACCUGGAGCUCAUCGAGGAGGAACCCUCAGAGUAGGGAGAGCGUGAGCACCUCCCUCACUAAGAAGCCCUUCUUCUCACCCUCAGCAUCGGUGGGGGGACUCCACAUUAGGGGGCAGGUGUCCUGGGGGGUGGGUCAUUGGG